AUGAGCAUCGUUUCCCUUUUGACCCGAAUGAGCGAAAAUUCCAACUUGCGAGAGCUCAAAAAUGAAUUGAAAGUGGCUCAACGGACUCAGCUGCAGAAUCUCGAGUCGAAUCAUUCUGCGCAAAUGGAGCUUGCGGCAGAUUUGGUGUCUUUUUUGACCCUGAAAAGUAGGCUGCAGAAAGAGGUGGAUGAGAAAUUGUUGAAAUUGACGAAGAUUUUAACGGAGCGGAGUCAAAAACGAUCCGGGAUUUUCGGCUUCAAGGAUUCGACUGAAAAUGCUUUUGAAAAUUUAUUGAAGCAAGAGGAAAUCAGUCUCAGCCACCAACUCCGCGCCUCCGAGUCUCAAAGCUUUCUCGCCGAAGAAAUCAUCUCCCUCGCCGGCUUGACCCAAAAAAACUUCGAGCAAAACGAGUCGUUCCUCGAAGCCGUCCAUGAAAUGCACAAAGACAUCCUCGCCCAGCUCUUCAAGACCGACAAGUUCGUUCAAACUUCGGAGAAAAAAUCAAGGACGAAAGAAUUGGCACUCAAGGAAGACUUUGCGGUCAUCAAAAAUAAGCAGAAUUUUGAUGUUGCGAGAUGCCAGAUGAUCGCGUUUGGCGAAGAAUGGAACGGGCAUCAGGCGCUAGAACUUAGUUUUAAUUCUCAGGAAAAUUUCACAGUCGAAGUGACAAAAAUCUUUCAAAAAAUCAUCGAUCUCCAAGAAGAACAAAUCGCAAAAGACAAAAACCGAACCCUCAUCUUCCAACAAUCCCUAAACGCCGUCGACAAAGAAGAAAUCCUCGCAUCCUUCGCUGGAGAACUAAAACUGGAACUAGACUUGAACGAAAAAGUAAAAGCAAAGAUUUCAAAUCACGAUCCACUUGAUGAGUGCCAGCGGGAAGUGCAGGCGCAGAAAUUGGCGGAAAUUCGGAAGAGAAAAGAAGGAUUGGAGAAGGAAAAACAACUGCUUGGAAGAGUUCAGAAUAAGGAGACGAGCUUGAUUCCAAUGGUGGGUAUUGAAGAUAGCGAGGAGGAAAUUGCCAAACAGAUUUUGAUCAUCAGACAUAAACUCGCGAUUAACUCUCUCGAAAAAGCCGUCACCGAGUGUCUCGUCAAAACGAAAGUCUUCGCCGUUGCCAGAAAUUCUUCCAUCGCUCAAAAUCAUCAAGAAAUAUCGUUUCCUCGCGGCGCUGUCAUUGAACUUCCACAAGGUCUAUCCGAUUCGGAGAUGGCGUUUGGCCUCUAUCUGGCGAAAGGCGGUAAAUUCCCGUCAAAAUGCGUUGAACUCAUUUCUGAAAUCAACAAAGAAGAGCCUGAAAGAGAAGCUGGCGACCAAACUGACGAUGAAAACUUUAUUUCCAUUCCUCCUGCUAUCAAACUCAUUUGA